UGUGUCUGUAAUCGACGAUUUGUCUGUUUAUUAUUAUUUAGCUCUGGUGCUGCCACAAAGGACGAUGGGAAAUGUAGUUUACUUUCACUAAGCUAAAUGAGAGAGUUGUAGUAGUUUCUCCCUUUAUCGCUUCAGGUGAGGUUCUGACUGCGGAUUGGCUGGAAUGAUAAAGUGGGCUUGGCGACGGCUAAUGAUUGACACAACGCCUUACAUGAAGGUGACCAGCAAAAACAUCAGCGGGAGAAACUUCCCUGUGUCAGUUCUGCUGCCUGGAUAACUUUUAUCAAGACGGAAACAGGGCAGGCUUAUUGUUAAAUGAUCAUAUAUUCGUGGUGAAGAAAGUACAGGGAGUCCAGUAUCAAAAAACGACGCAAUAAGAUGCUGAUGAGAGUGAUUAUAUGGUGAUGGAAGCGCACCUGUUGAGUUUCGUGGAGCGGGUCCGCUGUUUGUCCGACCAUGACAGCAGUGGAGAACUCAUCUCCACCGAGUUCAGCUUGAUACGACAGAAAAGUGCAUCACUGAAAGAGGAUUAUGGCCUGACCACUGCGGCAGGAGAGCUCAAAGAAAAUGUGAAGAAAAACCGCUACAGGGAUAUUCUGCCCUAUGAUCAGACCAGAGUCUGUCUAACUCCAACCACAUCUGAAUACGAGUCUGAUUAUAUUAAUGCCAACUUCAUCAAGGGAGCUGCUAAGAACAAGAUGUAUAUCGCCACCCAAGGCCCUUUGAGCAGCACUGUGAUUGAUUUCUGGCGUAUGAUUUGGCAACACAAUGUAAAGGUCAUAAUCAUGGCUUGUCGAGAGGUUGAGAUGGGAAAGAAAAAAUGUGAAGUCUACUGGGCGUCAACCACCGACACAUCCACUUUUGGUCCCUUUACUGUCUCAACAUUUGAGGAGUUGCGACCAAAUGAGGAAGUCAUUGUUCGGACGUUGGUGGUAAAUUAUUGUGAUGAAACUCGUGAAGUGUCUCAUUUCCAGUAUACUGCCUGGCCGGACCACGGAAUUCCAGACAUGCCGGAUGGCAUUCUGGGUAUGAUGGAGUUGGCUCGCCAAAAACAGGGCAACCAGACGGUCCCUUUAGUGAUCCACUGCAGUGCCGGCUGUGGUAGAACCGGGGUCAUUUGUGCUGUUGACUAUGUCAAUGAUCUACUACUGACAGAGCAAAUACAGGAGGAUUUUAAUAUCUUGGACCUGGUGUUAGAACUCAGAAGACAGAGACCUUCAGCUGUGCAGACCAAGGAGCAGUAUGGAUUUGUCUUUCAUACGGUUGCUCAGAUGUUUCAGAAGGUCUUGCAGGCUAUAAACAAGGAUACAGAGACUUCGACCUCUCUGUACAUCAAUGCGGUUCUGCCGAAGGCUUCAUUGAAAUCAGGAACAUUAGGCAGCUUCAGCGUAUCCACCAAAAUACGAAAUCCUCCUCUCAAGCCCAGGCUUUCUCAUCCUAUUCCUCAGACCAGGAUGAACGACACUUAUGCGGUCGUCAACAAGCCAAAACUGCAGCCCCCCAGCUCUGCCACUCCUUCACUCACUGUCCAUUACUACGACAAUGCUAAAUCAGAGAAGAGCAAUAACAACGCUGUGUACAGUGCAGUCAAACCUAAAAACAGGCCUGGAUCAUUCCUGCCUCCUCCCACCUCACCGGGUUAUGACAGAUCAACGACAGCCAAUCAGAGAGGAGGACUGUCACCUAAAGCAAUAGACCACGACGGUUAUGAGCUAUUGCCAGGGGAGUUGAGGUCCGUGAAUAGAGAUGCACAGCCACGCGGUCCUCUUUCACGAUCCCCAAGCGCAACUGAGAGCCAAUCUUCUACAGAUGAUGAUUAUGAAUAUGUGACUAGCGUCGUCAAGGACACCAGCAGCCCAUUUGCCCCGGGCAGCCUGGGUUUCAACUGUCGCAUAAAGAAACCCAAAGGCCCACGAGAUCCACCGGCCGAAUGGAGUCGUGCAGAAAGAUGAAACGAGAACAGGUUUUAGGUUUUAUAAAGAGUUAACCGGAUUCAGUAGAUGCACAGCUGUUUUCACGCUGGGUAAUAGAGCGUUUAUUUAUUUCCGUCAGAGGUUGCACUCCUUGUUUUGUUUGUAUUACUGUUUUAAUUGUUGCAAUUUAUGAUUAUGUUGUUUAGUUUAUUAAUGUAUUUGUGCGGCAAAUACUUAUACUAGAAAUAGUAGAAAUUGAAAAUUUGAGUGCUGAUUUAAGAAUGCAUCUGUGAUGUACGAUAAAAGGGGCCAUUUCAUUUCAUAUAUCUAUUUUUUUUAAUAGUUUUAGUCAUUUAUGGUGUUCACAUUUUUAUGUGCCAUAAUUGUAAAUGUUGGUGGUAAUCUGUAUUUGCUAUGAUAAUAUAUUCAUCUGACUUCAGCAAGUUACCGUUUAGUUUCAGUAGAUGUUCUUUUUGGAUGUUUUCAAUAUGUUUUGAUUGUACAUUGAACCUUUUUAUCUAAAGGCAUCAAGGAAAAUUUGAUAUGAUAUGACCCUCUUUAGCAGGGUUGUCAAACUGCUCUCAGGAGGGACCACAGCCCUACAGAGUUUAGUUCCAACUUUUCUCUAACACACGCGAUUCCAAAUGGCGUUUUUGCACACUUGAAGGGCACUUCAGGAGGGUGAGGAAAGUGAACAACUGAAUCCCUUCACGAAGCUCCCUUCCACAAGUCUGUUAGUGAAGGGAACUUGCGAUGGUCACUUAAAGGAAGUAAUUUAAUCGUUUAUGGUCAUGACCCAGAGUGACAAGUCCUCGCAAUUCAUUUUAAAUCUACAUAAAGCGGGACAGUUGGCGUUAAUGUAUGAACAGAAUAAUUCAAGUUGUUUUGGUGUGAUAUAUUACAUUUUUGUGCGCCAAAAAACAACUUUAUUCAACAAUAUCUAGUGAUGGGCGAUUUCAAAACACUGCUUCAUGAAGCUUCGAAGCUUUACGAAUCUUUUGUUUCGAAUCAGUGGUUCAGAGCGUGUAUCAAACUGCCAAAGUCACGCCCCCCAGUGGUAAACCACUGAAAUUUCGAAACGCUUAUGACGUAAUGAAGCCUCGUUUACUGAAAUCACGUGACUUUGGCAGUUUGAUACGACAUGAGGGUGAGUAAUAAAUGACAGAAUUUUCAUUUUUGGGUGAACUAACCCUUUAACUCUUUCCCUGCCAGGUUUUUUUUUUUUUUUUUUUUUUUGGUCAUUUUCUCAAUGUUAUGGCUCAUAAAAUAAUUUUUUGUAUGAAUAUCUGAACAUGCAAUAUAUCAAAAGAAAUAACAGACCCUCUGCUUUUCAACAACAGCAACGUUCUUUUUUAUCAACAUUUGAAUGUUGGUAAGUUUCAUACAAAAAAAACAAAAAGCAACAUUUUGAGAAAAAAACAAUUUUUUCAAAGACUACAUCUAGACCAGAUUCAGUAUGAUGAUGUGCAAAACACAUGGAGUAGAUCAAACCUAUCAACACCCCCAAAGCUUGCACAGUCCUAACCACUUCCUGGGUCGACAUUUCACUCAGUAAUAUUAGGCCAUUUUGAUUUUGAUAACUCGUUAAUGGCAGGGAAAGAGUUUCUGAUUUAUGUGUUUAAUGCUUAACUUAUAAAGUUAAGAGCAGAUCAGGAACACACACAUAUAAAGCAUAUUUUGAAAACUUUAUUAUAAAUGUACAUUUAUUUGUAUCAUAUUAACAGCAAUAAUAAGAUAUUCCUUUGUCAUGGUAACAUUCCAUGUGAAGCUAAUGAGGAAAUGACAUGGUCUUUCAUUGCUCUUUUUGCCAAGUGUGUUCCAAAUGGCUUCAUUAUGACACACAAGUGCCCUGCUCCCUCCAAAAUCCCCACUUCAAGGGCUCUGCCCUUCGAAAUGAGUAGGGGUACUCACUUCUCACUUUUUCAAAUAAGCCUAAAGGGCUUGACUAGCUGAAUCAGGUGCAUUUAAUUAAGGUUGAAGCUAAACUCUGCAGGGGGUCUCCAGGAACUAAGUUUGACAUCCCUGCUUUAAGUCAACAGCUUGUUUGUCGUUGUUGCAAUAUGAUGCAUUUCUCAGUAGAGGGCAGUGUUGAGGUGUAGUUUCUCUUCAUGGCACUCCCCAGAAAGACAGAUCACUUAGGUUAUAAAAAUAAAGUCAUUUACAGACAAUAUAACAUGUGCAUAAUUAUUGAUGCCACAUCUUAUCUAUGAUUCUACCCUUUUGAUAUUUAACCAUAAGAACAUCUUACUGCAUGACGCUGUGUGUUGUGUAUAAAGCGUUUUUAAAUUAAGUUCUAAAUCCAGUGCUAACUAUCUGUCCAAUCUUAGCACUCAUUUCAGGGAUAGAACCAUAAAACUUGCCCUCUAAACUCCAGUGCGAUUUUAUUUCCGUCAUGAAAAUCAAUGGAAUCUUAAGUUGUGCUUAAAGCUGAGAGCACGUUUUCCCAGAUGCUCGGCCUAUUGGCAGCAUUCCUGGAUGCGUGUUUUUGAUGAUGAAUCAUUCUCACAGUAUGGUAACAGCAAUAUCUUGCAGAAAUGCUGUGAGAUGCUCUCUACUGCUCUUUACACCAUAUCAAACAUGCAUCGCCUGGUUAAGACUAACUGCUUUAAUGUGGCCGCAGCAUAAAGACUUGCAGUCGUAUCAUGUUAACAGGUCUAAUGACUUCUUAUAAAACGGAUAGAUCUGGUCCUGGAUGCUGAUUGGUCAAUAUACCAUUCCAGCUAUGCUAAAAUACAUGAUAUAGGUUGAAUUUGUACGCCAUUCUUGCAACCUUGACGGAAAUGCUACUUUUCAUGAAUGAAUAUAAGCAUGAAUGAAUGAAUGAAUAUAAGCAUGGAUUGUGCUGACUGACAUUUUCAAGAUAACUUUCUGAUUUGCCCAAAUAAAUUUCAGUGGCAUAUGUUUUCAUGUAGACCAACAUUUCCUGGAUGUUGAUGUCAUAAAGGAACUGGCUUUUUGUUAGGUGUUAUUUUUAAUCAACAGGAUGCACCUGUAUUUAAGUAUAUUGUUGUUGUGGUGGUUGUUGUUGUUGUUUUCUUCAAUAUAUUAAUGUAAUAUUAUGUAAAAGGAACUGUCUUUUUCUUUUUGUUUGUGUGUGUGUGUGUGUGUGUAGGCUGUAGGUAAUAAAAAUCAUUCAUAUCUUCAAUAAAUUAUUAUAUUAUGUAUAUUUUUCACACACACACACAUCAACGGUGUAGUAAGUAGUAGACAAUUUGAUAGGUAAAAUAAAAAUAGAAAUAUAUGGGGAAAUGAA